AUGUAUAUAUUGUCGUUGUUGUUUCUUUUUUACUAUGUAUUUUGUACAAACGGUGCUGGUUUCUCUAUUCAACUUGCAAAGCAUAAAAGUAGGGCGUUUUCUCAUUUUCUCAAGACGGAGUAGGGUAGAACAAAGUAAAAAAAAUUACAACAAUGAGAACAAGACAGAGAUUGGCAGUGCUUGUAGGGCAAGACAGUAUCUUUUUAACUUUAUUUAAUUAUCAUACUUACAAGGAAAGUGCCCGACCUGCCCCGCUCUGAUUGACUUCAAACUUUUUAUAUAGAAAGAUCAUGUAAAUAUAAGAUCUUCAGCAAAGUACUAAAUCGCGCUUUCCAGGAAAUCUCGAGAAAAUCGAGAUUGAAAAAUGAUAUUUUGAAUUUCCCGCCAACUUGGAAUUGUGUUUCAAGCUUGUAACUUUGUCAUUUUUUGACUUUUAGUUAUUUUUCUUUGAUAUACUAGUAGAAUACCUUUGAAUGGACCUACAUUUUUAAAUUAGUACGCGUAUCUUGUCUGGAAAGCCGAAAAAACUGCUUGAAACACAAUGCCAAAUUUGCCAAAUUGGCGGGAAACACAAACAAUUUAAAGUUAAAACUCAAGAGCGCAAGCUAAAAUUUUUUUUGAGUACUAUUGGUGGUACAAAGAAUUCAUAUAAAAAUUUUGAGCUGAUUCUGAGCGGGGCAGGUAGGGUACUUUCCUUGUUAAAUUGAAAAAAAAUUGUGUUUAAAACUUUUUAAAAUCCGUCACUUUAGCCAACAAAACCAAAACCAUUCUCCACGAUGUUUACGGUGAAAACCUAAUAAACCGUCAAGAUGUAGAAUACCGUGGUAUCAUGACACUAGGUACUCCGCCUCAAAAGUUUAACGUUGUGUUUGAUACUGGGUCGGAUAUCUUAUGGGUACCAGAAAAAGGCUGCCAAUCACAAGGACCAUUAGUUCAGAAUUGUAAAAGUAAUCAGAAUGUCUAUGAUCCGAAAGCUUCCAGUACUUCUGAAGCUACAAAUCGAGAAUUCGAAAUUGAGUAUGGUACAGGGUCAGCUGAGGGAAAGUACAUUAAAGAUGUUUUUGCUGUGAGUUUUUACAUUUUAAAAAAAUUUUUUAGGCUGUUUAUGCUACUGAUGCAACUUCUGCGUUUGCAGGCUACAGUAGACAUUUUAUACGAUGAAACAUGUUUUUUUAUGGAUUUUAUCUUUAAGCAAAUUAGUCUGUUCAAAUAAUCUUGUGCUUCCUCACAAAGCACAUUUUUAGGCUUAGGAGCACAGAAUUAUGUAAACAACCUAAACUAAUAAAUAUAGGUAUUAUAUACUUACAGUUUGGCGACCCAUCAGGCCAACAACUAAAGCUAAAAGAAAAGGUACUAUUUGGAUCAGGUACCCGUCUAACCUUCUCAGACGAAGGCAUUCUAGGCCUAGCCUAUCCGUUGCGAGGUCAAGAAGAAAAUUCCGUAUUUUAUCAAGCCUUCAAAGAAGGACUGAUGGAUUCGCCAGUAUUUACUACCUAUAUGAAGAAGUGUAAUGCUCAAGUCUGUAACGAUGGGGGUGUUAUUACAUUUGGCAGUGAGGACACAAAACAUUGCGAUGCUGUGAGAGGAUGGGUUGAUAUUAGAGAAGGCAUUAGUCAUUGGAUGUUUCAGCUGGAUGGGUAUCAAGGUGAGUUAUUUUGUAGUAGGAAUUAAAAAAAAUAUUUUUUUUUAAUUUUAAAUUUAAAAAUGUUUUUUGUUUUUGAAGUUUUGAAAUUUGCUACUUAAAAACUUAAUAUCUCAAAUUUUCAGCCAACGAUCUCUACCAAUUCAAAGUCCAAUACGCGAUAACAGACACUGGUACCUCAGUGAUCGUAGUACCAGAAGCACUAAUGGACCCAAUAGCUGAAGCCAUUGGGGCAACGUGGUUUGAUGGUACCUAUAUGGUAGCUUGUUCCAAGAAAUUCAAAUUUGGGUUAAAAUUGGCUGGAAAAACGUAUUUUAUCGAUUCAGAUCAGCUACUUUUGCAAACUGGCGGAGGAUUCUGCCAACUUGCCAUCACUGCUGGCGACUUUGGCUUCUGGAUUCUGGGUGAUCCGUUCAUCAGGCAGUUCUGUCAAGUACACGAUGUUGGUAAUAGAAGGGUCGGUUUUGCUCCGGCUAAAAUGUAA